CAAAACUUCAAUGCCUAGGACGAACUAUAUAACAAGUUUAGGGUUUUUGCCCCUGCCGUUGCUAGGGUUAGAGGGAACUCCAUUACAGGUUCAACCACAGUCUGCGAAAAAUGGCUCCAAAAAGAGGCGUAAAAGCUCCAGUUGCAGCGGCGAAGAAGAAGCCGGAGAAGGUGGUGAACCCUCUGUUCGAGAAGCGUCCGAAGCAGUUUGGGAUUGGAGGUGCAUUGCCUCCGAAAAGGGAUCUGACCCGAUUCGUGAAGUGGCCCAAGACUGUUCAAAUUCAGAGGAAGAGGAGGAUCCUCAAGCAGAGAUUGAAGGUCCCACCGGCUUUGAACCAGUUCACCAAGACCCUUGACAAGAACCUCGCAACGAGCCUGUUCAAGAUGCUUCUCAAGUACAGGCCUGAGGACAAAGCUGAAAAGAAAGAGCGUCUCCUAAAGAGGGCUCAGGCUGAGGCUGACGGAAAAUCUGUUGAAGCUAAGAAGCCCAUUGUCGUAAAAUAUGGUCUCAACCAUGUGACUUACCUUAUCGAGCAGAACAAGGCCCAGCUGGUGGUUAUUGCACAUGAUGUUGACCCAAUAGAGCUGGUUGUCUGGCUUCCAACCUUGUGCAGGAAGAUGGAAAUCCCAUACUGCAUUGUGAAGGGAAAGUCACGCUUGGGAUCGAUUGUCCAUAAGAAAACUGCAUCAGUGUUGUGCUUGACAACAGUCAAGAAUGAGGAUAAGAUGGAGUUCAGCAAGAUCUUAGAGGCUAUUAAGGCCAACUUCAACGACAAGUAUGACGAGUACAGGAAAAAGUGGGGCGGUGGAAUCAUGGGUUCCAAGUCUCAGGCCAAAAGUAGGGCGAAAGAAAAGGUCCUUGCUAAAGAAGCUGCUCAGAGGAUGACUUAAAUUUUGGUUGUUUUAAACUUUUUGUUAACUUAGAAUGGUACCAGCUGAGCUUUGUUACACAUUUAUUGUUUUUCGGAUAAACAGCGGAAAUUUUUUAUUUCCUUUCAAAUAUAUCCAGUGUUUGAACUCAAA